CUCGAGCUGAGCAGUGGCACGCAUGCGCAGUGAAUCCUCCUGUCAGUUCGAAACCGAGCGAGGGAAAGCCAGCCGCCUGACAGAGACAGCAGCUGCUGCCGUCAUGCCUGUCCAUGUGGCUGUGGGCGGGGCCAGCGCGGGCAGCCAGGUACCGGCUCACCUGACGAGGAUCCCCAUCUCGCUGGUCAGCACCGACACAGACUGCUCAGACAAAACCGUCCAGGGGAAGGUGCUUCACAAAGGCCCGCUGGUGUCUUUAGAGGACGACGGGUUUCUGCUGAAGAUCAUCAUUCAAGAGGAGGAGGGCUCUCAGCCGGACUCCAUCAGCGUGGUGGUGUUUGGGGGCGUGGCUCAGCGUCUCUCUGAGGCCGUCCGUCUGGAGGAUGUGGUGGUGGCUUCCGGCUUCACUGUAGGCAAGUCUCCCACGUUUCACAAGGACAAGCUGCACCCGUGCAACCUGUACCUGUCAGGAGACGCCGCCUGUGUUUAUGUGUCCCGCCCCCCGCCUGCCGAGCCCAAAACACAGACAGCCAAUAAGAGGAGCUCGUCCCACGCUGAGGUCCCCACGGCCGCUAAAGUCCCAAAGUACAGCUACGUGCCUCUGAGCGAGCUGAAGCCGGAGAACGUGGUGAACGUGUACGGAGUGGUCGUCUUCUUCAAGCAGCCGUUCAGGACCAGAGGCACAGAUUUGUGCUCCUCUCUGAAGAUCACCGACCAGUCCAACAAGAAGGUCUGCUGCACCAUCUUCUGCAGCAAGCUGGAGGACCAUCCCAAGAUCUUCCAGGUGGGAGACAUCAUCCGCAUGCACAGAGUCAAGACCAGGCUGUACAACGACUCCAUCGCUCUGGUCAACACGUUCGGGUUCUCUGCAGUGACGUUUGACGGGACAGUAGGGGGCGACGUGGAGCCUCGGACCUCCAGCCGCAACAUCCACUUCGACGAGGAGGACCGUCGGGUCGUGGAGGAGCUUCGCUCCUGGGCCGCCGCCCAGACACUCCUGCCUCCGGUUCCCAGAAUCCCCCUGUCCGCCGUGCAGCCCAAAGUGUACUUCGACCUGACCUGCCAGCUGCUGUCCAAGGCGUCCAUCGACUCGACCUGCACGCUGCUGAGGGUUUGGGACGGGACCCGAUGUCCUCACCCUCUGCUGAAGGUGGCGGUGGAGCCGGGCAUCUCCGAGGGAACCUACUCCAUCGCCAAGGAGCGGCAGAACCUCGUCGCCAACGUCCUGGUCUACGACAACCACGUGGAGCUCGCCAGGCAGCUGAAGCCCGGCUCGUACCUGCGGAUCUACAACCUCCGCGCUCUGCCAGGAGCCAGUAAGCUGCCCGGCAACACCGGCAACCAAUCAGAGGAGGCGGACUGCGUGGUCUUCCACCUGCACGGGGGGACGGCGUUCGGCCGGGGCAUCCGGAUCCUUCCGGAAAACAGCCCCAACGUCCAGGAGCUCAAGAGGAUCACCGGCUCCUUCACAGACGACGAUUUCGACGUUGUUCUUGAGCAGGACGACUCGGCGCAGCUGGAGAUCUGGUGCACGCCGCCGGAGAGCCCGGAUCCAGUCCCUGUGGACUGCGGCACAGAGAGGAGCUGCAGCCACGGCGAGGCGGCGGUGACGCUGGCCGAGCUGAAGAGGGCGGGGCCUCGCCGGGUUUUCCACGUCAGAGCGCAGCUCAGGUCCUACGAGCCUCGGCGGCUGCACCAGGCCCUCAAACUCCACUGCCACAAGUGCCAGGCCAUGCAGGACGUUCCUGAUGACGACGCGGUGGCGGCCGUGUUCUCGGCGGCGUGCGGGGAGACGGGCCCCUGCGGCCCCACCUGGGCCCUCUCCGGCCAGGUGGACGUCCCCGCAGGGCCGAGCGGGCCGUGCGGCCGAACGGUGACCGUCUACAUGUCCGACCAGCUCAUGGCCGAGGGGAAGGGCAAGGACCUGGUCUACCUGCUGGGUGUGACCCUGGAGGAGACCUGUCGGCUGGCGUCGGCCUUCCAGAGCAUCGUCCCGGUCCGGUCGUCAGGAGGACGGCUGGCUCUGCUCGACCCGCCCGCCCCCUUCCUGUUCCGCGGCACCAGGCGCCACUACGGGUGUGGGCGGUGCUCUGAGGCCCAGGUGAAGGAGCCGUGUGUCGAGGGCGUCGAGGCCGUGGAUGAGAGGAUCAUCGCUGAAGCUCUGGGCGUCCAGCUGCUGCAGCCCCGCCUGCUGGUGAAGCUGGAGCUGCAGGACGCCACCGACACGCUGGAGGUUUUCCUCUGGAGAGACGCGGAGUCGUUCUUCCACGUGUCAGCGGAGGACGUGGCAGCCAAUCAGGAGGCUCAGGACAGGAUCCGCCUCGUCAUGGACUCGCUCUGCCCGCCGGGAGGCAGCAUGGCGGCGAGGCCGUGGCUCGACUUGUGUCUGACGGCGUACGCAGCCGAGGGGCGGACCUGCUACCAGAUCUGCAACACCGUCACCAGACCCGCCGCCGCGCCCUCCGACCCCGCCUGAAGGUCAGAGGUCACCGGAGAGCGAAGCUGCUGCAGGAUGGAUGUGAUCAGCUGGUUUUAGUUGUGAGGAUUUAGAGGCUGAAUGUGUCAAUGUUCAUGAAACUGCAGUAAGUAGAGAUGGAGGUUGGCUGCAGAACGCCGCUCAUGUUUUUAAAUAUUCUGCUUUUUGUUAAGUUGGUCUAAAUAAAAGAAAUAAACCUGA